CUGCUAACUGGGAAAAUCAUGACCGUACCAUCACGGCACUGAAGAGAUCUGCGACUGACACCGCUGGAGAAGACCCUGCGACCUUUUCUGUUCUUCAGAUGUGAGAGCGACACCGUGAUUUUCCAGUGUUGAGGCAGCAAAUCAUUGAGGGACAUGGAGCUGUGGAAUAUGACUGACGAACCAGCCAAGCCAUUCUCACCCUUGACCAACUGCACGGUGGACACAAGCUACCGAUUCACCUUCUAUCAAGUGUCCUACAGCGUCAUCUUCCUGCUGGGCUUGGCCACCAACGGCCUGGCGUUGCAUAGACUGUGUUCAUCACCGUGCACCAUCAACAGCACAGCCAUAUACAUGGUCAGCCUGUCAGCUGCUGACUUGUUCUUUGUGAUCUCACUGCCUCUGAGGAUCUACUUCUACUACCAAAAGGCUCAAACCUUGUCCCCCAACACAGGAGUGAUGUCCAGGUGGACACCCGGUGCGACGUACUGCCACUUAACUUUUACCCUCAAAUACAUCAGCCUCUACGGGGGCAUCUUCUUCCUGGUGUGCAUCGCUGUGGACCGUUACUUUGCUGUGGUGCACCCUCUGGGGUCAACGCUGCGCAGGCUGCGUGUCGCACAGCUGGUGAGUGGGGGCCUGUGGUGCCUCGUGCUCACACUCAGUGUGAGUUUGCCUCUGCUGCGAUCAGCUGCUGCUCACCAGCACCAACCCUGCCUGUUGGACCCAUCCUCCCAACACCACCGGACCAUCAUACUGGCCGCCCUGGGCUUAGUACUGGGCUUGUUUCUGCUUCCCACUGUGCUUCUUCUCUACAGUUACUGCAGAGUGCUGAGCGUCCUUCGCCAGUCAAGACACCGCUCGCGCAGCCAGCAGCGCAGCCGCAAGCACACACUCACAGUCAUUUACUGGGUGCUGGGCGUCUUCUUGCUGUGCUUCGUUCCCUAUCACAUCAACCUGCUGGGAUACACGCUCACACAUGUGGGGCUGCUCUCCCACUGUGGCCUAGCCAAGGUGACCAAGGCUGUGCAUCCUGUGGUUCUGUCACUAGCCAGCUCCAACUGCUGUCUCAACCCACUUAUCUACUAUUUCUCCAGCAGCCUGGUGCACAGGAAGGCACCUGGUAGUGGUGGUGGUGGCAGUGGCAGCCGUUGAU